GUAGAAGUGUAAGGGGCCACUUUGGCCUGGCUUUGAGUUUUUGUAAUCAAGUUUAUUUUUAUUUUUAAAUUGGAGAGUGCGACUACUGUUUAAGUCAGAAGACUGCAUAGGACAGGGGGUACAAAGUCUCCUGGUAUUUGGAGCAUCUUCAUACCUGUCGAUGGUACUUGAGCAGUGUCGCUCAGUUUCAUUGGUUGGUGAGCUUGGGCUUUCUAUCUUGCUAGUCACCACGUCAGGGAACGAUAUUUCUCUCACCAAAAUCCAUUCUCAUGUUUGUUUGGAUUGGCCAUCCAUCUUAUUUGUCUGUUUUGUAGCAUUGGUUUCCUCCUCCAGUGGAACCACUGAAUACACGUUCUUGUUUGACUUCUCUUGUUAUCCUUCAGAACUCCUUUUCCCUUUCAAUCUUAUACAGAGCUCUGAGCAACCUCUGCAAUUUCUCCACGCAGUCUUCCACUUUCUCAAACCAUAGUCUUACGAUUGUCAGGUGGCAGACUUAACUCAUCACUUUGACAACCGAGCGACAAAAGGAUCUUUGCGACUAUGAAGUAAAUGAUGGAGACACCCUUGUUGGACUGAUCGUUCUGUAUGUCUUCAUAGCUAGAGCUUUUUAGAAGCAUGAGAAGCGCGUUCAGGAGGUAUGAGAAAAGUUACAUGCAUCGUGAUGUGGUCACUCAUGUUGCAGUCUCCAGUGCAGAUUUCUUUAUGACAGGCAGCUGUGAUGGUCACAUAAAAUUUUGGAAAAAGAAGCCAUCAGGCAUAGAAUUUGUCAAGCAUUUUCGAUCUCAUCUUGGUCCUAUUGAAGGCUUAGCUGUUAGUGCAGAUGGCUUACUCUGCUGUACAAUCUCCGAUGAUCAUUCUGUAAAGAUUUAUGAUGUGGUCAACUAUGAUAUGAUGGUCAUGAUCAGUUUGCCAUUUGUUCCUGGCACUGUUGAGUGGGUUUUCAAGCAAGGAGAUGCUAAAGCAAAACUUGCAAUCACUGACAGAAACUCACCCGAUGUUCAGAUAUAUGAUGCACGUGCUGGUAGCACUGAACCUAUCAUUUCAAAUAAGAUCCAUAGUGGACCAGUAAAAGUUAUGAAGUACAACCAUGCUUUUGACAUGGUGAUAUCUGCAGAUAGUAAAGGGCUUAUUGAGUACUGGUCUCCUGAAACACUGAAGUUUCCAAAUAAAGGACUUGAAUUCAAGUUCAAGACAGAUACGAACCUUUAUGAUUUGGCAAAAGCUAAGACAACUGUUUCUGCAUUGGAGGUUAGCUCUGAUGGUAAACAAUUUGUAACCACCUCACCUGAUCGAAGGGUGAGAGUGUUUUGGUUUUUGAGUGGAAAAUUACGCCGAACGUAUGAUGAGUCCCUUGAGGUUGCUCAAGAUUUACAAAGAAGUGAUGCACCAUUGUAUCGCUUGGAUGCAAUAGAUUUUGGACGACGAAUGGCCGUAGAAAAGGAGAUAGAAAAAACAGAAAAUGUACCACAACCAAAUGCAGUUUUCGAUGAAAGUUGCAAUUUUCUGCUUUAUGCAACCCUUUUAGGUAUAAAGGUUGUAAAUCUACAUACAAAUAAAGUGGCAAGAAUUCUUGGUAAGGUAGAAAAUAAUGAGAGAUUCUUGCGAGUAGCCUUAUACCAAGGUGGAAGUGGCAGCAAAAGAGUGAAAAGAAUGCCAGCUGCUGCUGCAAAUGUCAUGGAAAAUCGGGAACCGUUUGUAGAUCCCACUAUAUUGUGUUGUGCAUUCAAAAAGCAUCGAAUUUAUUUAUUCAGUCGGAGGGAGCCAGAGGAACCUGAAGAUGCUACAAAAGGAAGGGAUGUGUUCAAUGAAAAACCACCCCCUGAGGAACUCAUGGCAGUGUCAGAUAUUGGCAAGGCUGUUACAACAUCUCUACCUGACAACGUGAUAAUGCAUUCCACUCUGGGAGAUAUACACCUGCGGCUGUAUCCAGAAGAGUGCCCUAAGACGGUUGAGAACUUCACCACACAUUGCAGAAAUGGGUAUUAUGACAAUCUGAUUUUCCAUCGAGUUAUCAAAGGCUUUAUGAUCCAAACAGGUGAUCCUCUUGGAGAUGGUACAGGUGGUCAGUCCAUCUGGGGAAGUGAGUUUGAGGAUGAAUUUCACAAAAGUCUGCGACAUGACCGACCCUUUACUUUAUCAAUGGCAAAUGCUGGUCCAAAUACAAAUGGCUCUCAAUUUUUCAUCACAACCGUUGCGACUCCAUGGCUAGACAAUAAGCAUACAGUGUUUGGACGAGUCGUGAAAGGAAUGGAUGUUGUGCAGGCAAUAGAAAAAGUGAAGACUGACAGGAACGACAAACCAUAUCAAGAUAUAAAGAUUUUGAAUGUGACAGUUCCCAAGUCAUAAUGAGAGCAGUGCCGGUGCUAUGCUUAUUGUCAUUUUAUAUGUAUUUGACAGCUGAUUUAAUGAGAGUAUGGAUGGGGAAAGGAGGGAAACCAAUGAGAAUAACAUGAAGUUUGGCGAAACAAAUAAGUUGAUUUCUGCACUACAAAAGAAUUUACUUUGACCUUUUUUCAUAUUUGAUUUUUCAUUAUAUUGUGUUCUAUUAUGGCUACUGUUUAUUUUCCAAAGCAUCAGAAACCUCUGGAAUUGAGAGCUUUGAUUAGAAGCUAGUAUUUUGCUCCACGAUUCGCAUCAUGUUCAUGUUCCACACAAAUUUUUCAUUGGAUAUGCAUUAUCUCUGAAUGGCCUCUGAGCAUGUUGUGAGCAAUGUUCAGUUUCACCAUUGAAAUCGCUAGUCCCUUUGACAUCACAAUAGACAUGAGAAGUCUUCUUUUUCUCCAGUUAAAGAUGGCUGGGGAAUUCAUGUAAAAGAUAAAAUUUCAUCCAGAUUCUAUUAUCUAUUACAGCCAUGUUAUUGAAAUAUUAGUUCUUUUAAGGUCUGGUGAAUAAAAUGGCCUCUAUAAGCAUUUUGUUAAAAAAGGUUCCUAAAAAUAUAAGGAAUUUCAGGACUUCACGCAACCUCGAUUUUUAUGAUAUUUUGGGAAGUGAAAGUGAAGUUCUUCUCUUUGCAUUA